AUGGCUCAGAAAGCAGCCAAAACCCUCGCCGCGCGUAAUGCCUCCCUUUUACUGCGCACCCACAUCAUAACCGUCGGUCUACAUGCCGUCUUCCUCAUUCUCCACUGGACCUUUAACCGUCCUCGCUCCAUGACCCCGUACUAUCUACUGGCCUGCCCGACGCUCGCCAUCGAAUUCUACCUCGACCGAUUGGGUCGUCCGCAAUUCAACGCCGCCGACGGAUCUCUGCGCUCGCCUGGGGAGGAUCUAGGCGCUGCGGGGCUGACGGAGUACAUGUGGGAUGUCUUGUACUGGACCUGGGGCUGUAUUGGCGCCGUCUGCGUGUUUGGCGAUCGGGGUUGGUGGCUGUGGACCGUCAUUCCACUGUACUCGGUGUGGCUUGCAUAUACCACUGUCACCGGGAUGAAGAGCGGAUUUGCCGGAAUGGGCGGUGCCGGUGAUGCCGAGCCUGCUGGGGCUGAGAGCAAGAGGCAGAAGAAGAUGGAGAAGCGCGGAGGACGAGUGCAGUACCGAUGA